UGAUUUUGACAAAUGUCUGGACUUGGAGAAUUUUUUGUGCAUGAAAAUAGGCUAAAUUUAUCUUCAUUAGCACAAGAAUUAGUAGAAGAAGAUCCCAAGCUAGGAGAGUUACUUGAAACUGAAAAGAUCAUCCAUGUCGCAACUUCCAAAAUGAACAGGGAACCUUCUAAGCUAUCUCUGAAGGUGUAUGUAUUCACAGAUUACGCUACGAUAAUAUCAUUUACUUAUACAUAUGCCUCAGACGAAGCUGACCGCGUGACAAAGAGGAGAAGUAUGUAUUCUAACGACUCUCGGUCAAAAUUUCAAAAAUUAAAGGAGUACAAUAUCAGAAACUUGAUUAUAACUGACCAUCUGAAGCAGAUGACAGGAUUCAAGCUGAGCAAGAUUAUUGCCACUGAGAAAUACCCUGUCUGUAUGCUCAUAGAGCAAGGUAUUAUCUGCUAUGUCGCAUCUAAUAAGGAAGACAACACAUUGACAAAUUUCGACCAGGGAGAUCUCAUUGCAGGGCUUGUUGAAUGUAAGAUAGAUAAUCCUUCAGAAAUGUCCCUGAGUAAGAAUAAGAAGUACAUUCUUGUCUCUAAUAAACAGACUAUUGAGAUUUAUAACGCGAAUGAGAACUUGGCAAAGACCAAUGUGUCUCUUGACUUAGUGCUAAUAGUCAACUUUGAUUCUCUGCCGUUAACCUUGAAAUCUGUGUAUGGCUUUGCGUUCUCAAACAGUGACACAAAUGUAUUUUAUGCUAUUGGUAAGAAGAACCCUGAAUUCUACGAUCAGCUCGAAGUAGGUGAGGAUGAUAGCUUUGGAUCAUCAUCCUCACAUAAGAUCGAGAAGUUCUUUAUUGAAAACGAAGCAUUUUCUUCAGAGACUAUUACACAAUUUGAAAUGGAUGAAAAUGAGGAUGUGCUUCAAUAUUGCUUCAGCGAGAGUCUGUGCAAAGUUGUUGUUCUGAGUAGCAUGAACAACCUCUAUUCCUAUAUGCUUGAGGAAACCGUACAAAUGAUCAACAAACUUGAGGGCUCAAAGCUGAAAGAGGAAAUAUGUCACAUAAAAUGGUAUUUCAAAGAUACAUUAUUGAUGGUCUUGACAAGUACCAAUAAGGUUCUCCUGCUUGAUACCCAUCUGAGAUUAUACACAGUGUCAGUAGUUGUAAAGGAUCUCUUUGCAUAUACAAAAUUGUUACCAAUAAAACAAUUCAUAGAAUUAUCCCAAAAGACACGGCUCCAAGGGUAUGGGUCUUCUUUCAAUAGCAGCCAUGAGCCGAGAGAAGAGUCAAAGUAUUACGAUAUAAUCAAAAGCAAGGCUUUGGCUCCCAAACAAGAUGAAAUAGUUAACUAUAAUUUUUAUGGAUGUAACAACUACCAGUUGUUCUCCCAACUGGACGAGAGUGGAGCAAAUGAAGAAGACGGUGAGAUGAAGGUCACCUUUUUGUCAGACCCUAUCAUGAUCAUACAACAUAACAAUAUGCUCAAGAUGUAUAGGUUUGAGGUUGGCAACUCCUCAGAACAAUCUCAUGAAAUUUCUCCCUGAAUUGAUGAUGUUUACUUGAUGAAGAUAUUGAAAUUUAAACUUAAUCAUCGUCAUAUGCUUGAGUAUUUGAGAACCUGUAUUUAUGAUCCUGAGACUUUUCUACAGUGCUGAAUUCUAUUCUUAAAUGAAAUUCUCAGGAAUGGAGUCUUGCUUAGCUCAGGAAGAAUUUAUGUAACUGAUCUUAUUGAGUUAUAUAAAAGAGCAAAGGAUUCAGUAGACUUUCAGUACUUUUUCCACACAAUUGAGUUUUAUUUCCUAAAAAUUGGAAUUAAGUAUCUCACUUUAAAUCUUCACGAAGAGGCUCUCAAAAUAGCAGUGGCUAUGAAAUCAACUCAACUUCUAAACACAAUUGGGAUCUUUUGUAAGCAAGUACAUAUCCUCAGUAUAAUCAACUACAUUAAGGAGCAAUGGAAUCCAGGUAGCUCUACUCCACACACUAGUUUGGUCAAAUCAAUGGAGCAGAUAGCUAAUUUCUCUAAAAAACAACUUAAGAAGGAAGAUCUAGGAAACAUUUAUAAGGAUUUUGACACCCUUUUACGUGUCGAUGACAUCAACGACCUUGAACUCUCUGAUUUCAACUCUUGGGAAAUCAACCUCGAAGCCUACCAGAAAGCUCUUAAUUUUGAACUCGAAGGAAAAUUCGAUGAAGCAAAGGAGCUGUAUAAGGAGAACAACUUGACUAGUGACAUGAAUAGAGUGGCUAACAUAAAAACUCAGAUUAAUAAGGAAAUAGUCGAGUGAGAGAAGAACAUUUUCUUCAGUGAAUUAAAGAAUUUAAGAUAG